UAUCUGAACUUAAAAAAGACGAAAAAAAAAGAAACCAUGGACGUGAGGGAUUUUGUGGUGAACAAACGGCAUGGAGUAAAAGGGCUCGUCGACUCUCUAACACUAACCACACUUCCUUCUCCUUACAUUCAACCUCCUCAAGAGCGCCUCACUUCCGACAAAAUCCUUUCCUCGUCGUCACAUAUCCCGGUCAUCGACGUGUCCAACUGGACGGACCCGCACGUGGCUAGAGAGAUCUGCGAUGCAGCGACCAAGCUCGGGUUGUUUCAGAUAGUGAACCACGGGAUAGCUCCGGCGGAGCUGAAGGCUUUGGUUGCGGCGGCCCGUGGGUUUUUCCAGUUGCCGGCGGAGGAGAGAGGAAGGUAUUGGAGAGGGAGUUCGGUGUCGGAGACGGCGUGGCUGACCACUAGUUUCAAUCCUGUCAAAGAGAGUGUUUUGGAGUGGAGAGACUUCCUCAAGUUUGAGUUUCUUCCUCAACGACAUGGCUUCGCUGCCACGUGGCCUCCUGUCUGCAAGAAACAAGUGAUAGACCACUUCGAGAGGAUCAAACCAAUCGCCAAUGAGAUCUUAAACAUACUCAUAAACAAUAUAAACUCAACCAUCGACGAGUCUAAUAAUCAAACCCUAAUGGGAACAAUGAGAAUGAAUUUCAACUACUAUCCGGAAUGUCCUGAGCCAAGCCUCGCCGUAGGAACUGGUCGCCACUCAGACAUCAACACCCUCACUCUCCUCCUGCAAGAAGACGGUGUCUCAAGCAGCCUCUGCGCUCGAGCCACUGAGGGCGGGGACAAAUGGAUUCAUGUCCCUCCGAUUCCGGGAGCAAUUGUCGUUAAUAUUGGAGACGUGUUACAGAUAUUGAGCAAUGAUAGGUAUAGGAGCGUGGAGCACUGUGUGGCGGUCAAUAAGUUUUGUAGCCGGGUUUCCAUUCCGGUUUUCUGCGGACCGGUCCAUGAUUCGGUUAUCAAGCCGUUACCAGAGGUGUUAGAGAACAAUGAGAUGGCUCGGUAUAGAAAAGUUGUGUAUUUGGACUACUUGAAGGGGUUUUUUGAAAAACCCCAUGAUGGAAAGAAGACUAUUGAGUCGAUCAAAUUGUAA